AUGACUGUUGUGCAGGAAGCCAUUCGCGUGACGAGUGCGACGCCCCAGCCGUAUGGCGCGGCCGCUGAUGUUCUUGCGAUGAAGACUCUUUCGCCGCACGACAAGGUUCGGCGGUAUAUGGAGGAGCAGGAGUCUCGGCAUGUGCCUCCCACUGACGCGACGCCAGAAGUGGCAUCAUCGGAGGGCGAGCACGAUGCCGCGCUUCUGGGCCAACAUGAGGAUGUUUCCCCAUCCCCAAAUCAUAAAAUUGUGCCCCUCACAGGUGAACCGGGGCCGGACGCCAGAGAGAGAGUCCCUGAUCGCCAAAAGGAGAAGAAGAAGCAGAAGAAGCAGCAGGCGCCCCGUAAGAGAAAACAACGAAGUGAAUCUGCAGGACGCGAGGCUGAUGAUCCCUUGCUUCUCUUCCGCCGUUCACAGAAGGCGCUACGGACUGAGGCACGCCAUGUCAAUAUGAAGGAGGUCCUUUCUCGCUCGCUCUCGGGCUUAUUUGACGGGCCGGGCGAGGCGAGCAAUCCAUUUUCUCCAGCAGCUGGGUCGCAAUCGUCUUCUGCAUGGAGCCCUUUGGUCGCCAACAGCAUCACCAGUCAAUUCCUCUCAAAUGUGCAACAGCGGAAGAAACAGACCUUCGAGCGCCUCCUGCAGAAGGAAAUUGCGAACUCCCAGCUUUCCACCUCCCGUCUUACCCCAGAUGACGGGGAAUCCGAUGAUCGUAUGCCAGAACUUGUCAUUGGAGACGAAACAGCCGUUAUGGAACCGCCAUCCAUGGGGCAUGAUGCUCUCCUCAUGGAUGCUGGCACAACUUCAUCCCAGGCAGAUACACUUCUGAUGGGCAAUACCACGUCCCGAGGAUUUGUUGAACUUGACGAGGAGGCGGAGCAGGCACAAUCAGAGGCGCUAAUGCGCAAGCACGAACUCUGGCGUCUGCGACAGAAACACCUGCGGGAGCGACUUCGUGCGGAAGAGAGUGUCCCUCAACUGAAGCGAGGAGACCACCAGGCAUCACUGCGUGGGCAACCCCAAACGACUGUUCCGAUGAACUUCGUCACCCAGUCCACCUCCUCGCUCUCUACAGCGCGCGGUACUACGGCGGAUGUUGAUGGACCCACGGAAACUCUCGUGUUGGCGCAUUGUAGCAUCAUUCAACAGUCACAGAGCCUUGCGCUUGGACUCUCUGCCGAUCAUAUUGAGAUGAUUCGCCGUGCAAACAAUUUUGACAACACUUCAAGUCAGCGGUUGGUCGUUUUUGAAACGAAAAGCAGAAAGAAGAGAGAGGGACUUGCCCAUUUACAACAAUGA